UAUUAGUGUCAUACGUACCUCAGUGGGUCUCUGUGGAGCACGCAUCAGCUGCUGAGCUCUUUAUUACUCUUAACCUACUGGGAGUUUAGGAUCAUUUGGAUAGUUUCUGCCUCUUGGAGUGUCUUCUCGGCCAGCAGGAUCAUGGGUAGCUGCUUGAAGUGGCUGUGGUACCACAGAAACUACUUCAUCAUCUUGCUCACGCCAAUCGCUCUCCUUCCCCUGCCGCUCGUCAUCCCCACGUCGGAGGCCAGAUGUGGCUAUGCGAUCAUCCUCAUGGCUCUGUACUGGUGCACAGAGUGCAUGCCUCUGGCUGUGACCGCCCUGCUGCCUGUCGUCCUCUUCCCCAUGAUGGGCAUCAUGAAGGCUGGAGAUGUCAGCAUAGAGUAUCUGAAGGACUCGAACAUGCUGUUCAUCGGGGGCCUGCUGGUGGCCAUCGCCGUGGAGAAGUGGAACCUUCACAAGCGAAUCGCGCUCCGAAUCCUGCUGUUGAUCGGCGUCCGCCCGGCUCUGUUGAUGAUGGGCUUCAUGAUCGUCUCGUCCUUCCUCUCCAUGUGGAUCAGCAACACGGCGACCACUGCCAUGAUGCUGCCCAUCGCCUCGGCCGUGCUGCAGCAGCUGAAGGCCACCGAGGCGCGGGCGGACGAGCGAGAGUUCCGGACCACCACCGAGGACAACCAGGCGUUUGAGCUGGAGAUAAGUCCGACUAAACGGGAGGUGACGGAGGAGAAGACGGAAGAGAAGCAGCCGGAGAACAAGGCUCAGCUGGAGAACGGAGUCUAUGAACACGAGUGGAAUAUGGAGUCGAUGCAGGAGUCCAAGAGGAAAGCGAUAGACUCCAAGUACGAGCUGCUGACCAAAGGGAUGAGUCUGAGCGUUUGUUACUCCGCCAGCAUCGGAGGCACCGCCACGCUCACCGGCACCACGCCCAACAUCAUCCUCAAGGGGCAAAUUGACAAGCUGUUCCCUGGCAACGGGGACGUGAUCAACUUUGCCAGCUGGUUUGGCUUCGCUUUCCCCAACAUGCUGCUGAUGCUGGUGCUCACCUACUUCUGGCUUCAGUUCAUGUUUCUGGGUUUCAACUUGAAGCAGUCAUUCGGCUGUGGCGUGAAGACCGAGCGAGAUAAGGAGGCGUCCAUGGUGAUGAGGCAGGAGUACAACAAGCUGGGCCGCAUGAGGUUCGCAGAGUGGGCGGUGCUCACCAUCUUCGUCCUGCUGGUCGCUCUGUGGUUUACCAGGGAGCCUGGCUUCAUCGACGGCUGGGCCACGGUGCUCUUCAACAAGGGCGGACCGUUUGUGUCUGAUGGAACAGUCGCCAUCUUGAUGUCCAUGCUGUUCUUCGUUGUGCCCUCCCAGAUGCCGAAGUGUGGAGACUAUGGCGUCAAUGUCGAAGGCGAGACGGUGAACGCUCCGCCCACGCUGCUAAACUGGCAGGUGGUGCACGAGAGGAUGCCCUGGAACAUCAUCCUGCUGCUGGGAGGAGGCUUCGCCCUGGCUGCAGGCAGCGAGGAGUCCGGUCUGUCCACGUGGCUCGGAGAGAGUUUGGCUCCUCUGGAGAAAAUUCCGCCGUACGCCAUCUCACUGCUGCUCAGCCUGCUGGUGGCCACGUUCACCGAGUGCUCAAGCAACACGGCAACCACCACGCUGUUCCUGCCCAUCCUCGCCUCCAUGGCCAUCGCCAUUAAGAUCCACCCACUGUACGUGAUGUUGCCCUGCACCAUCGCCGCCUCGCUCGCCUUCAUGCUGCCAGUAGCCACGCCCCCCAACGCCAUCGCCUUCUCUUUUGGAAAACUUAAAGUCAUGGACAUGGUUAAAGCCGGCUUCAUGCUGAACAUCAUUGGGAUUUUGACAGUUAAUUUGGGUAUCAACACCUGGGGGUACGCCAUGUUUGACAUGGGCACCAUACCUCCCUGGGUCAACAUCACAGACAGUCAGCCCUGAGCAGAGAACAACUCAGAGAGAGAGAGAGACAGAGAUGGAGUAAGAAUGACACAGACAUGGAUCUUUAAAGCCCCAGACAAAAAUAUUCAUGAGUAAAUAAGCAGAAGAGUUGUUAAGAAGCGAAAUUAAACCAGGAGAGAGAAGGGGGAGUAAAUCAAAGCUUUUUACAGGUAAUAAGGUGAAUAUAAAACAUUUUCCACAUUAAAACACCAGUUGAGGUCAGCAGUGAUGCAACACAAACUCACAUGCCAUCUGUAAAAAUAGACCUUGAUAAGAAAGAAAUGUGAAUCAUUUACGGCCUGAAGUGAGAUAAGCUCGACUCGUUAUCAGAUUAUUAGCUCUGUUAUUAGACCGACUCUUCCUCAAUGUUCAGCGGCUGAACAGAACAAAAACCUGAGGUCAUUUCCUUGUAAAUGUGAUGUCAUCGUUGAUCUAUUUAUCACUCACUAAUGAAGCACACGGAGUGAUUAUUUAAAUGUGAUUAUGCUUUAAUGUAUCAGGUGAUUUAACUUAUUACUGCCGUCCUUUUGUUUUUUAUCAGUGUUUUACUAUGAACAAGCUUUUAUUUUACAUUUGGUGAUUAUUUGUAUUCCUGCAGGGCGGAAUUUUAAUCUUAAAUUUGUUCUAUCAAUAUAAACAGGUGAGAAGGAUUAAAGGAAAAGUCUGACAUUUUGGAAAA